GAAAAAUACACCCAUAACCCUCUGAUUCUCACUCUCAUCUGACACACAGGAUGACUAGUCUACACAUGAGAAGCUAUCAUCAGAGAAGGAAUUAUACAAUAACCCAACUGUUUCUCAUAUUUUUACUGAUGUUUAAAACAGGGUCUCUUGCUAAAAUCAGCCAGAGCGAUGUCUUAAAGACUUUCCUGGCUGGAGACAGAGUUCAUUUGGAAUGCCUCACGUCAGAAGAAGAUGGCAACUACUACAACUGGAUCAAGAUAAUAAUAGGACAAGCCCCAGUAUUAAUUCUGUCUCUUUACACUCACGCCAAUACUGCAAAGUUCUUUGGAGAGUUUAACAACCCCCGGUAUAUGGCAACGAAGAAUGGACCCAGUUUUGUGCUGACUAUUUCAGAUGCUAGACCAUCAGAUAUGGGGAUGUAUUACUGUGCUACACGCGAUUACGAUGCCAUGAUCUUCGGGAAGGGUGUGUUUCUGAUGUAUGGGGAUGUAGAUUCCAGGAACCAGCAUCUUACUCAGCAGUCUGAGUCUGUCCAGCCAGGAGACUCUGUGACUUUGAACUGUACAAUACACACUAAGACCUGUUCAGGAGAUCACAGUGUCUAUUGGUUCAGACAUAGUUCAGGAGAAUCCCAUCCAGGAAUCAUUUACACCCACGGAGACAGGAGUGAUCAGUGUGAAAAGAGCCCUGUGGCUGGGUCUCCUACACAGAGCUGUGUCUACAACCUCCCCAAGAGGAAACUCAGCCUCUCUGAUGCUGGGACUUACUACUGUGCUGUGGCCUCAUGUGGGGAAAUACUGUUUGGGAACAGGACCAAGCUGGAUGUUGGAGGCCCUGCUGAUCUGGUGGAUCCCAAGCUCCUGGCUCUAAUCGUAUCCAACAUCUUGAGCUUGAUCGCAGUCGUUGUCCUCAUCUGUGUGAGAAGGAAGAAAGGUUUGCCUCAACAUCCUCAAAGUGGUGUUACAGCCCCUUCCUGUCCUGACAAGGAGAGAGAUGAGGGAGAGGAGCUGAACUAUGCUGCCAUAAGUUUCUCCUCGAGGAAGACCAAGAGGAGAGCAGAACCAGAGAGACAGACCAGAGCGACGGACAUGAAUGUGGUUUACUCUGGAGUGAAAGGUCAUCAUGAGUGGAACUGGGAUUCAUGAUUUAUAAUGCAAUAGUUUUAGAAUGCAAUUAUAUAAUGCCAUUUAGAGUGAAUUGUAAAAGUAAUAUGCUGUGAACAUAAUUAACAGAAAUUCUGCUAAAUAUUUUAAUAAACUUUAAAAUAUAUCUAUAUUUAAGAUGA